AUGGAGAAGGAAGCACAGAGCGCGGAUCGGCCUCCAGACAGGGAGGCUGACAAUGCAGCUUCUUCCGCCGAAAAGACGAAAGUUGCAGAUUCUCCGUCCGACGAGGGAAGUGGAAAUCCGCGGGGGGACGGCGACCGUCAGGCUUCCACAGACAUCACAGCUGGGGCUUCCAGUGCCCAGAGAGCAGAUAGCUCGAUUUUGAAGAAACGCGGCAGUUCAGUGGGAGACAAGUCUUUGAAAAAAGGUGUGAGCUGGGGUGCAUCUGUCGCAGAUUCUUCCCCGCCUGACGGGGCGGGGCACUCCGGCUCGUCCGUGGAUAGAGUUGGAGAGGCGACAGGCGAAACAGCAAUUGGACGCGCCAGCACUGCCAGCAAACCGGAGGAGCCGCAAAGGAAGAGAGUGAAUGUUCCCAGGCUACGGUUGAAGGCCGGUCAGAACGAGGAGAAGUCUGGUGAUGACGGCGAAACUCCGGCGCUUGCAUCGAAGGGUUCUGCGUCGAGUUUAACCCAUGGCAGCUCUCUUUCCUCGUUGUCGAGCUCAGCUUCUUCAGUCCAUUCUCGCGCAGAAUCGGCACAGGAGAUCCUCUCGAGUGCCUUCCACACUGUCUACCGAAACUACGGUUCGCGAUCUGCCAGUCGGGUCAGAGGAGCCAAGGGUGCUGCGCUUGUGCGCGCCGACAUGUUGCCGGAGCAUCCAGACAGUGAAGAAGUGUAUGGCUUCUCGUCUCGGGCCUCGCGGGAAGGCCGUGGGAAGCGGACCGCCUCGAGAAGGCUCUUGGCAUAUGACGAAGGCGGCCUGCAUGCCUGGAGCUUUGCCGGUUUGUCUGGAAGUUGGAGCGACAUGGUGCACCACGCGAGAGGGUCCACCGCGGCUUUCCGUCCUUCGGACUACGGUUUGUCCGUGGGAGAGACGGCUCAAAGCGAGCGUUUCGGUCAGCCUUUGUUUCUCUUUGCCGGAUGA